ACAGGCCGGAUGCCCUUGUCCUCCUCCAGUUUCCUCAGGUUUUUGUCCCAUUGGGCGAACUGCUUGGACAGCAGGGACAUCUGACAACACAAAGAAGAAGGAAGCUGUGUGCUUCUAGACUUCCGACUUCUACCUGCGAGACGUCCAGCUCUUAUGAGCCACUGGAAGAAGCAACAGGAAAAACCGCAACAUGGCAGAUGACAAAGACGUGCUAAGAGACGUCUGGUUCGGCCGGAUCCCUGCUUGCUUCACCCUCAAUCAGGACGAGGAGACGGAGAGGGAAGCUGAGCCUUAUUAUCUGCUGUUGCCCAGGGUGAGCUACCUGACGCUAGUCACCGACAAGGUAAAGAAGCACUUCCUAAAAGUGAUGAGGGCUGAGGACGCGGGGGAGAUGUGGUUCGAAUAUGAAGGGACGCCACUCAAAUGGCACUAUCCAAUUGGAGUUCUAUUUGACCUCCACGCCUCCAACUCUGUCUUGCCGUGGAGCAUCACAGUCCACUUUAAGAACUUUCCAAGCCAAGACCUUCUCCACUGCCCGUCUAGCUCAGUUGUGGAGGCCCACUUCAUGUCCAGCAUCAAGGAGGCUGACGCACUCAAACACAAGAGCCAAGUCGUCAACGACAUGCAGAAGAAGGAUCACAAGCAGCUUUGGAUGGGUCUGCAGAACGAUAAGUUUGAGCAGUUCUGGGCCAUGAACAGGAAACUGAUGGAGUAUUCCACUGAGGAGGCCGGAUUCAGAUACAUCCCCUUCAGGAUAUACCAGUCGAUGAGCGACAGGCCCUUUAUCCAGAAACUCUUCCGUCCCGUUUCCCCUGAAGGCAACGCUCACACGCUUGGCGACCUGCUCAAAGAGAUGUACCCCACAGCAUUACCCCAUGACGGUGAGCCAGCGAAGCGAUACCAGGUCGUGAUCCACGGCAUCGAGCCGCUGCUGGAGACGCCGCUGCAGUGGCUUAGCGAGCACCUGAGUCACCCGGACAAUUUUCUGCACAUCUGCGUGGUGCCGGCGCCUUCCGACUGAAGCGUCGGAACCUCCGCUUUUGCCACGGCAACGGACCAUUCAAACUCUUUAAGAAAGCGUGGGAUGGAAAGCUCUUCGGCCGAUCUAGACGUCGCCUAGGUGACCGCGGUUGUCCGCCAUUUUGAGUGUUGAGCAUUCGGUAUCCAGCUUCAAAUACUACUCACUAGUGUGGCAAUUCAGUAUGGAGGACCAAAGCUGCCAAAAUACAAACUAAAUGAAUAAAUAAAUAGUAAAAAUACAACAAGAAGAAGGAAAUGUGGUUCAAAGAUUAAAAAUAAACAUUGAAAUCAAUUCACUUUCAUAUAGACGUUACAAAUAUAUUUCACAUGACUCUAGGAAUGAUCCAAUUCAGACCCGUUUCAUGGGUGGAACCUUCAAAUAAUCUACAGCUGCUGACUGGAGCACGGCUAUUCUCGUCACUCUCGCGAAAACGUUUCCCGUCAAACAAGCAUUGAAGCUACAGUAUGUUCACAACGCAGGCUGAAUGACCGUAAUUCCAAUGAACUGGUUGCUUGCCAUUGUAUGAAAGAUGUCCAACUCACUUAAACUGGGAGUGUGUUUGCUCAUUUUUCAGUGCCAUUGAUGAUGCUAGACGUCCGAUCCAUUUUGACUGGAGGGGGCAAAUGAACGAAUGUUGAUCGGAUGUCUAGCAAUGUCAAUGGCAACCAGUCAGUUAACUUAUUUGGCCCAAAAAUAUAGCGGUCUAGGCAAUGAGAGAUUAUGGAGAGAGGCUAAGUACCGCAGGUCUUAAUGCACAAAUCUGUUUUUUUUUUUCGUGGUUUCUUCCUCGAGUGAGGCAUUACCUUGAUGGUCUGAAUGCGACACGUCGCAUAGAAGUGGACCAUUUCAAGUCCAAUCUGGGCCACAUUUUUCCAAAUGUGGCGGCGGUAUGAACUCUGAAGUCUCCCGAAUGGGAAUUCAUGCAGCAAUUACAACGGCAAAGAGAAAGAGUCAGGGAGGACGGCAUAGAUGGACCUGUGCAUUAACAUUAGCGCCUAGCUUGAACACUGCUUUUAGGGAGGAGGCGGGCUUGACCACGGUCAGUGUUGUUUUUGGUAGCCCUUUUAAUUUUCGUCUUGGUCUUUUGGACGAUAAUGCUUAGUCAUAUUUUGGUCAUCUUAAAAUGUGUUUGUCUUCAUCUGAUAUCUGGACCUGAUACUGAUGACGCCAGUGCACGCGGACAGUCCGACAGUGUAUGAAAACAUGUUUUCAAGUAGCAACCUAAUAGUUGCGUGAAGCAACAGCUCUACUUCCGCGUCAAUCCACACGAAAUGACUGCCUGAUGCGCUUUGCCAUUUCAUUAUUUGACCAGGACGAAAGAAAAAACUGCAGAAGGGUUACACGCAGGAAUCAAGUUUUGUUGGUGCUGCCACCUACACUUUUGGAAUGCAUACUACAUUGGCCAGUGUUGUUUUUGGUAGCCCUUUUAAUUUUCGUCUUAGUCUUUCAGACGAUAAUGCUUAGUCAUAUUUUAAUCACCUCUAAAUGUGUUUGUCUUCAUCUAGUUUUUGUUGACAAAAACGCAAGAGUAAUUUCGUUUAGUUUUAGUUGACGUUUAAUAAAAAUGUUUUCGUCUGUAAAAUUUAAAAAUUUAUUCCAAAAUUGAUAAUUAAAACAAAGGUUUACAACUAUUUCAAAUGAACAUUGAUAGACGAGCACAUAGAGCAUCUAGAACAGUGGUUCUUGACCUGGAUUUGUUCGAACCCCAGGGGUUCGGUGAGUAAGUCUAACGGGUUGGGGGAGGUAAUGAAAUGCAGGGCCCUAUUUUCAUACGCUGAUUAAAUCUAGGCAUAGUGGCUUUUUAAACCAGGUUUUGGCCUGGUUUGCUCCCAAUUUACAGGUCUAAUCCAUUUCUUCUAACUGCUCGUCCCCCGAUCUGAUGAGAGGAGGAACUGGUUUGCUCAGUGGAAGGUUGACUCACACUUGGUAUGAGGGAAUACAACAGACCAAUGGUCAGCAUGGUCUCAAAUCUUGACCUAUUUCUAAAAAAAGCUGUCAAAAUGAGUAGAAAUUUGGAUGGGAAUUUGCUAAAUUAACAGCUCGCUAGCUUAGAUAUGUUUGUUUUGAAUUUGAAAAAAAAAAAAGCUUUCUCAUUUUGAAUGGUAAAUCCACAUGUGAAACUUGUGGGGUUCGGUACCUUUAGCAACGUUAAGAACCACUGAUCUAGAAGGACAACGCCAACUUGGUGAAACAAUACAUUAUUUUCAAUAAAUUGUAGCCACCUCGUAGCCAAGAACUGUAUAUUUAAAAAAAAAAAAAAAAAAAAGCUCUACGUUAGAAUUAGCACAAUGCUAACCCUAACAGCAAGCGUCCUCUAAUUUUCGGACAACUUUUUUUUUUUUUUUAGGAUUAAGCAUUAGCCUAAUGCUAACGCGAAUGCUGUGCUCAUGCUACGAGUUACAUUUAGUGUGUGCUAAUCAUUCAGCAGCGAUCUUUAAGGGCUAAAGAAACAUUGCAAAUUCUCUCUGGCCAAGAAAAUGAAUCAUGCGAUGUGUGCAAGCCUGCAUGAUGUAGACUGGAGACAACACAUUGGUGAGUCGGGAAGAAGGGAGUGGGGGGGCAUCAUGUCAUGAGUGACACAACCAGAGACUGCUACGAUGCAGGCUAACUACACAUAAAAUGUCACACAUUGUGAACAAGUGACGGAAACUAUUGCGCAUUUUCGUGUCGUUGUCGUCCCGUCAGACGAAAACCGGCAGCCUUCUCGGUAUGUUUUUGUCCCUCAAAACAUCGUUAUCGUCAUAAAAAAAGUGUUUGUUGACAAAAUAUUUUCGUGAUCGUCAUUGUUGACAAAACAAUACUGACCACAGUCAAAAAAGGAUAAGCCUGAGAAUGUUUGGUUUUCUUUCUGUGCACCAAAUGAGCAAUAUUUCAAUAUUUCUUACAUGGCCAAGAGUUGGGGAAAACUCAAUGUAUUUGUGUGCGUUAUGCACGUACACUGCAUGCAUGGGUUCAAUUAAUGCAUAGAAACUUUUAAUGUGAGAUUAUUUAUGUCUGGUAUUUGUGUCCUCUUUUUGGAAAUCAAAAUAUGGUCACCCGAGAAUAACGUAGGGCCAGCAUGUGUAGUCAUUUGUUUUGAUGCUUCUGCACAUGCUAAUAUCGUAUUGGCCCGAAUAUAAGACGGCCGUGAUUGUAAGACGACCCCCUCCUUUUCAAGACUCAAGUUUGAAAAAAGGCUUUUUGAACACCAAAUUAUUUUUUAAACAGAAAAUAAUUACAGUACAUCUUAAACGAAUGAUUAUAACAAUAUAUUUGAGAGAAAAAGCAUGUUAUUCUGGCUCAUUCAAAUCUUAAUAUCUGAACAUUUAAAUGUGUAAACUAAAGUGCAAUCACAUUUGUAAAUGAAUGGCUUCUGGUUUUUGAAAAGAACCGUAAUUUCCCGAAUAUAAGGCGCAUCCGUGUAUAAUGCGUACCCCAAAUUUACUUAAAUUAUUGUACCCGUUUAUAACGCGCACCCUAAUUUUAGCACCAAUAAAUAGAAGAAUACAAGAAAACAGAGGUCGUGUACAGAUGCAGAAAUUUCAUUUUACUGACUGGUGAAACACAGCACAAGCAUAGCACAUUGGUAGUUCAAAACAUUUCCAUAAACUGACAAUAUUUACGGUAAUAAUAUGAUUUGACAACUUCCCCAACUUACCAAAAUCUAGGAGAAAACAAAACAGAUGUGACUUUUCUUUUAAAGGCUGCUGUAUAACUUGCUUGUUUCAUCAUGAUGAAUAAAUGUUUCUUCCAUGGAUUGAUAUGGUAAAAUGAAAGUGAGAACGUAAGUCGGAAAUCCGAGAGAGCUCAUCGCUGUCGACAUGACAGUAACAAUAGGAACUAUUGUUAUUUGGGUUUGAGUUUUCCGACGGACAGAUAUAGUUGACGGACACAAAGUCUGUGUGCUUACGUUUGUUAUGGUCCGAGUUGCUGAGCUGCAAUAAACGUUGACUCAAAUGAGUUCAAGAAACUAAAUUCUGUGCUUUAUAAAGAGUGAAAAAAGCAGAAUUUAACAAACGAAAUCAUUCGGCCGAUUAGAGUGAAGUAUUACCGAAACAAAAUGGUGGCGUCACGUACCGUAAUGGUCGGCAACGGGUCGCCGCAUACGUUUCUUCAACACAAUGUGGCCGUGUGUGUCAAUAAAAAAAAAAUCUGUUUGUAUAUAUUUGUAAUAUAUAUACAGUAUAUUUCUGUCUCCAUCCAUGUACCCGUUUAUAAUGCGCCAUGAUUUUACGAGUUGAUUUUGGGGGGAAAAAGUGUGCGUUAUAUUCGGGAAAUUACGGUAAAUAAACCAAUCUAUUGUAAUAAAACAACAAAAUUGCAAUAACUGCAUUAACCAUCAAAGUGAGGUCUAACUGUAACUGUAGUCUUGAAACAAAUCUGAAUAAGGAAAAACUGCAAUAAAAUAAUGCAAACUGGUUAAACUUGAGAGUAGCUGAGAUCUAUCAUGACAGAACAUUGCUCCUCAAGUUCAGCAUUCGCUUCAGUGAUAUCUGGCGCCAUCUAGCGUCGUGAAUGGUUAUAAUGUCUAGGCCCUGAAUAUAAGACGACUCCCACUUUUUCAGUCUUAUUUCAAUGCAAAAAAACACCGUCUUAUAUUUCGGCCAAUACGGUACUUGAACGGGCUAAAUGGAAAAAGGCAGUCUGAACGGGCACGCCCCCCCCAAAAAAAAUGAUAUGAAAAAAAAUCGGAAUUGCGUAUCAACACCUGCGGUCUGAACCUAGCCUUAUUGACAUGAAUGUGGCCAGUGAACCAAACUGAGUUUGACACCCUUGACUUGAAACAUGCGCCUGCAAUGGCUUGUCUGCUUAGCAAUCACAGCUAAGGGGGCGGAGCAUUUUUUGAAAGAUCACUCUCUAUCAAUGGCAGAGAAUAAGUUAAAAAUAACCACAAAAACAAUGGUUAUGCCACUUCAUUUUGUGUGGCAGCAAUUUCCUCAUCCGUCAUGCCUGGCACUUGAUAGGUUUACGACCACUAACCCAAUUUUAUUUCUGCAUUCUGUUGUUGUUGUUUGUCCUUCACAUGUUCCUUGGCUCGACCGCAGUCAAAGGCCUGAACAAUAAAGGACUGCUUUGUUUGUGUGGCCGUCUCGUUUUGGUUUCUUUCAUGUGGCGGCGUCACGCCUCAAUUUCGCCGCCGUUCUUCUAUAUUUCUUUCGACAUAUUUUCCUAUAUCUCGCGAAACGGUCCUUCUGUUCCAACACGCUCGCUUUGAAGCGUCGUCUUCUUCUGGCGGCCCCUCCUCCGCCUUCAUCUCGCCACUUUAAUUACCUGCUGUACCCCCCCAGCCCUACAACUCAUUUGUACCCCCUCCUUGCUAAUGAGAGCACUAAAGUGUCUUGUCAGAGCAGCCUCUGGCUGCUUCGCUACACUCUCAUGACUGUGUACAUAAUUACAGACGGCGGUUAUGGCCCCCUGCAGGUGUGUGUGUUCGUGUAAUUCAACCUCAGCCAAAUAGUUUGGUACGGUACUUAGGAGAGUUUUCACAUACGUAUUCUGGACCUGAUUUGAGCGUUUCAAAUCAUUUGCUGCCAUUGACAGCUGGUGAUGUCCCGAUCUUAUACUCAGUAUCGACGCCAGAUUCAGCUAUUUUUGGAGGAGUUGACAGUAUCGUAUUUGCUCACAAUAUCAGAUCCGAUCCAGUAGUUACAGUGGGGCAAAUACCGCAAUUUUCGGACUAUAAGCCGCUACUUUUUUCCUUCAAUUUGAUACCUGUGGCUUAUAGUCCAGUGCUGCUUAUUUGUUGUUUUUUUAGGUAACACUUUAUUUGACAGCGGUGUCAUAAGACUGUCAUAAGAUCAUCAAAAUUAUGACAUGACACUAUCAUGGACACUACUGAAUAGAGCUGGGAAUC